AAUCGACCGAGGACCCAUUAGUCUGUGUUCUGUGUUCAGGUGGGGACGAAGGACCUCGGCGGCAGCGCAGCAGCGUCUCCGGAGGAAAGAAACCUCCAAAACGAAACGCUCUCUACAGACGCCUGCAGAACUUCCUGUACAACGUCCUGGAGAGACCUCGAGGAUGGGCCUUCAUCUAUCACGCCUACGUGUUCCUGCUGGUGUUCUCCUGCCUGGUUCUGUCGGUGUUCUCCACCAUCAGAGAGUACGAGAAGAGCUCUGAGGACGCACUUUACAUCCUGGAGGUGGUGACCAUCGUGGUGUUCGGGGUGGAGUACAUGGUGAGGAUCUGGGCUGCAGGCUGCUGCUGCAGAUACAGAGGAUGGAGAGGAAGACUCAAGUUCGCCAGAAAACCUUUCUGUGUCAUCGACAUCAUGGUUCUGAUAGCGUCCAUCUCGGUUCUGGCGGCGGGGACCCAGGGGAAUGUGUUCGCCACGUCAGCCAUCAGGUCUCUUCGGUUCCUUCAGAUUCUGAGGAUGAUCCGGAUGGACCGCCGUGGAGGAACCUGGAAGCUUCUGGGCUCAGUGGUCUACGCCCACAGCAAGGAACUGAUCACAGCCUGGUACAUCGGCUUCCUGUGCCUCAUUCUGGCCAGCUUCCUCGUUUAUUUGGCUGAAAAAGAAGAUAACGAACAGUUUGAGACGUACGCCGACGCCCUCUGGUGGGGACUGAUCACCUUGACAACCAUCGGUUAUGGAGACAAGUUCCCCAUCACCUGGAAUGGACGCCUGCUGGCAGCAACCUUCACUCUGAUCGGAGUUUCAUUCUUCGCACUGCCGGCUGGUAUCCUGGGUUCAGGUUUUGCUCUGAAGGUUCAGGAGCAGCACAGACAGAAACACUUUGAGAAGAGAAGAAACCCAGCAGCAGGACUCAUACAGGCAGCCUGGAGGGUUUACGCCACAAACCUGACCCGGACCGACCUGACCUCUACCUGGGAUUACUAUGAGAGGACGGUGUCCGUCCCCAUGUACAGGCUGAUUCCUCCUCUCAAUCAGCUGGACCUCCUGAGGAACCUCAAGAACAAAUCAGGACUGUCGUUCAGGAAGGACGUCCAGCCUGAACCAUCUCCAGGGCAGAAGGUCAGUCUGAAGGAAAGGGUCUUCUCAUCUCCUCGUAGUUCUGGAACCAAAGGCAAAGGUUCUCCUCAGCAUGUGGUUCCUCCAGUUGGACCUGGGGUUGCUCCUGGAGUCAGUCCUGGUCCAGGUGUUGGUCCAGGAGUUCCUGGAGGUCCGGCAGGAGUCCAGGCCUUGCGUCGAUCCCCCAGCAUGGAGCCCAGUCUGGAAGAGAGUCCAAGCAAAGUUCCAAAGAGCUGGAGCUUCGGAGAACGCAGCAGAACCAGACAGGCCUUCAGGAUCCGAGGAGCUGCUUCCCGCCAGAACUCUGAAGUGCUGAUAGAGAUGCAGGAUGAAGAGUUCAGACAGAAGAGCUCUCCAGAAGCCAGCCUGCCGGGGGAAGACAUGGCCGAUGACAACAAGAGCUGCCACUGCGAGUUCGUCCCUCAGGACCUGACGCCGGGGUUGAAGGUCACCAUCAGAGCCAUCUGCAUCAUGCGCUUCAUGGUCUCUAAGAGGAAGUUUAAGGAGAGUCUUCGUCCCUACGAUGUCAUGGACGUCAUCGAACAAUAUUCAGCCGGACACCUGGACAUGCUCGCUCGCAUCAAGAACCUCCAGUCCAGGGUGGAUCAGAUCGUUGGCAGAGGAACACCAAUCGCAGACAAAGACCGUCCUAAAACAGCCAGUGAGGAGCUCCCUGAGGACCCGAGCAUGAUGGGACGGCUGGGGAAGGUGGAGAAGCAGGUUCUGUCUAUGGAGAGGAAGCUGGACUUCCUGGUCAACAUCUACAUCCAGCGAAUGGGAAUCCCUCAGGCUGAGACCGACGCCUACUUUGGAUCCAAAGAACCCGACCCGGCACCACCAUACCACAGUCCAGUGGACCAGAUGGAGAAGAGCCAGUCCAUCACCAAGAUCAUGCAGGUGUUGCCCGGUGACCACGUAGAGAAGACCAGGUUUGUGACGAAGAUGGUCCGCUCCAGCAGCUCCACAGGACACAGGAACUACAACGCCCCCACCUGCCCGCCUUCCACCUCCUGGCAGCCAAUCAGCUCCCAGCUCCACCAGCAGGCACCACCCCCUCCCCAGCAUAGCCACGGUAACAGUCCGAGUCCAGUGGGGGAUGGGUCGCUGGUCCGGUUGCCCCCUCCACCUGCCGGAGAGCGGCAUGGCGGGAACCGGUCAAACCGACACAGCACCGGAGAACGAGGUGGGAUGGACCGACCCGAGAGGACGGGGGAGGGAGCCAACGGGACCAGGGGAGGGGAGGGAGGGGGGGAGGAGGUGAAGCCUGACAGUGACGCCUCCAUUUCCAUCCCGUCGGUGGACCACGAGGAGCUGGAACGUUCCUUCAGCGGGUUCUCCAUCUCACAGUCCAGAGAGAAUCUGGAUUUCCUCAACAACGGGUUCUACGCCGCCAGCAGCCGCGGCGGUGGCAGCGCCGCCCGCUGUGCCACUGUCCGACCGUACAUCGCAGAGGGGGAAUCGGACUCUGACUCCGAGCUCUGCGCCCCUUCACCGCACUCGGACCGGGCCUGGACCGGAACCAAGUAGAGCUGAAGGUGAUUCAGAGCUGAACCAGCAGAACAGUCCAAAUAAUCAAAAUGUGAAACCUGAAAACUGUCUCAGAGACUUUAAACACCAGCUGAAGGGUUGAAGCGAAGCAUGAUGGGAACUGACGGCACUCAGCAGCCGCCACGUGAUUCGUCUGAAUGUUCGUACAGCAAAUGUUUGUCCUCACUGUCACCGAUUGGUCCACUGCUGGGACACGCUCUUGCCUGAUUGGUUGCUUGUUUUCAUGUAUGGGACACACUAUGACACACUACAAACUGUUAUCACUGUCACAUUUGUUUAUUGGGUCUAAAGCUGACACAAAGCAUGAUGGGAGCAACACGUAUAACACGCACAUCGCCAUGACAACAGACGCUGUCGCUGUCACAAGCACAGAUCCACCCUGAGCUUUCAGAUGAAUCCUGAUCUCCUGCAGGUCAUCCACCUGUAAGGGGGCGUGGCUUCUGUCAGCAGUUUCUAUUGUUUUUCUUCUCAGAUGGUGUUCGUGUUCAGAGCACAUGGAAGAGAAACGCAGUGGAUCCGCCCUGUGGAGAAUCAGCCACAUGGUUCCAACCGCAGCACUGUAAUCACAGUAUUUGUCAGAUUGCAAGAUACAAGUUUAUAUUCUUAUAUUAAAUUCAGGCUCCGCAGCAGGAACUCGGUGUAACUAAAGUGAGUCCAUCUUUCAUGGACUUCACGCUAACUCUGGUCUGCAUUGAUAAGCCCUGUGCCAAGUCUGAAGCAGCUGCCUUUGUCUGGUGUUCACAGC